CAACCAUCCACCAACACAACUCCCCAGAAUCAGCUCGAAUCUCACUGCUUAUAAUAUGAACGUAAAUACUCUUAUACCAUAAAAUUUUGAUUACAGAGUUUUAUUCAUUUUGUGUGCUCAAUUUUUUCUUUUUUUUGAAAGGUUUUUGUGUGCUCAAUUGCUUGAACAAACCCUAACGGAAUUGCCAUCAGACAAAAUCUCGAUGUCUUCAUUUCAAAUUUCGAAUUACAAAGCUUUCGAUUGCUCGCCAUAUCCAAGACGCUUCUCUUUAACAGAGAAGUUUACGAAGACUGUAAUGUCCUCCUCUUCUUUUUGGGGCAAAGACUUGUGUUUAAUCAAUGGAGGCUCAGUGGCUGGUUCUGCAAAGAAGCGCUGUUGCAUUCGGAGAGUUUCUAGGGUUUUUGCUGGUUCGACUGAUUCAAAUUUCAAGAUGAAUCUGAAUGAGUAUAUGGUGACUCUUGAGAAACCACUCGGCAUCCGAUUCGCCCUCUCUGUCGAUGGCAAGAUCUUUGUUCAUGCUCUCAAGAAAGGGGGUAAUGCAGAAAAGUCUAGAAUAAUUAUGGUUGGUGACACUUUGAAAAAGGCGAGUGAAACAUCUGGUGGGAGGCUUAUUGAAAUCAAUGACUUCAGUGAUACAGAGAAGAUGAUGAAAGAGAAAUCUGGAUCUUGUAGCCUAGUCCUUGAAAGGCCCUUCUCUCCUUUUCCAAUUCAACAACUACAUAUUUCAAAUGCCAUUGAUAUAUUGUUUAAUAGAGGUCGUGUUCCUAUUUGCACUUGGAACAAAACUAUAUUGGCAUCAAACUUGCGAACAUCUUCAGAGGGUAGUGGGAAUUCUGGGUAUGCCAUAUUUUCCUCAAAGUUUCUGAUAUCGAAUGGAUGGAAGUUUUUAAAAGAUCAGAAUGGACACGUUAACCCACAAAUCCAGAAAAGCACUCCGGAUGCACCCUUGAGCCAACUUGUUACCAUUUUUUCUGAUGAAGAGUCUGGAGAUGCUGAAUGGGCACACGGGAGCUUCCCGUUGGAGGAGUACAUUAAAGCAUUAGAUCGAUCUAAAGGGGAACUGUACUACCAUCACUCUCUUGGUAUGCAGUACAGUAAGAUUACGGAGCAAAUAUAUGUGGGGUCAUGUAUACAAAAGGAAGCUGAUGUAGAGACUUUGUCAAAUGUUGCGGGAGUCACUGCUGUACUGAAUUUCCAGAGUGGAAUUGAAGCAGAAAAUUGGGGUAUUAGUCCCAAAUCAAUCAAUGAGUCAUGCCAACAAUUUAAUAUCCUUAUGAUCAACUAUCCUAUAAGGGAGGUAGAUUCAUUUGAUAUGAGGAAGAAACUACCAUUUUGUGUGGGUCUACUUUUACGCUUAUUGAAAAAGAACCAUCGUGUUUAUGUCACUUGCACCACUGGUUUUGAUCGAUCCCCUGCUUGUGUGAUUGCAUAUCUGCAUUGGAUGACAGAUACAUCCUUACACGCAGCCUACAAUUUCGUCACUGGGUUGCAUUCAUGCAGGCCUGACAGACCAGCAAUUGCGUGGGCAACAUGGGAUCUUAUAGCUAUGGUGGAAAACGGCAAACAUGAUGGACCAGCAACCCAUGCUGUGACAUUCGUGUGGAAUGGGCAAGAGGGUGAGGAUGUAUCCUUGGUUGGAGAUUUUACUGGAAAUUGGAAAGAACCAAUUAAGGCAGUCCACAAGGGUGGCCCAAGAUAUGAAGUUGAAGUCAGGCUUUCACAAGGGAAGUACUACUACAAGUUCAUUACUAAUGGACAAUGGAGGCAUUCAACAUCUUCACCAACUGAAAGGGAUGAAAGGGGAAAUGUUAACAAUGUAAUUGUGGUGGGUGACAUUGCCAGUGUGAGGCCUUCUGUUCAACAGCAAAAGAAGGAUGCGAAUGUUGCGAAGGUGAUUGAGAGGCCUUUGACAGAAAAUGAGCGAUUCUUGCUGGCAAAAGCAGCUCGAUGUGUUGCAUUCUCUGUUUGUCCAAUUAGAUUAUCUCCCAAAUAGUCGGUCAGAAUAGUAAAGGCACUCUGAUCAGAACACCACCACGGUUCUUUAUAUUGGAAGCACUAUGAUCAAAACAAAAAAUCAUCGUAUGUUCUAAAAUGGCUUGCACAGUGUACGGUGCACGUGUGAGUCAUGGCGGAUGAAAUGUUACAUCAUAACCAUGGAAUAUUAAAAAUUUACCUGGUGUGCAUGUACUGGUCUGCUGGGUUUGGUCCGAGCAUGAUUUAUAUUCUAACGUACAAGCAGUCAUUACAUUGUACCUUGCGGGUGGACUGAAAUUUGAUGUAAAGAGCCUGGAAGCUUCAGGAGCUGCAUGGUAUCAAUUUUGGUGGUAAGAAGAGGGUGAUUGCAUAAAGUAUUUUUUAAAACGUAAUUUGUUAGUGUUCUUAUGGGCACCAUAAAGAUUCAAUAUUGGCUAUGUUUAUGUUACUUCAAUAAUUUGAAUGUAUUGACAUGGGGCUAUCUUUCUUGUGACUCU